GCCAUUAUUAAUGGUGUAUUGGUUGUGGUGCGUGUGAAGCAAUCUAAGAGAGUGUUGAAGUUGAAACCAUGUCUCUUGUUGGGAAGUUGGUGAGUGAAUUGGAAAUAAAUGCUCCUGCAGAGAAGUACUACAAACUCUUCAAGGAUGAAGCUUUCCAUGUUCCCAAGGUUUCCCCCAAAAUCAUCCAACAAGUUGAAGUUCAUGAAGGUGAUUGGGACACCCAUGGCCAUGGCUCCAUCAAGAUAUGGAAGUAUAGCGUCGAUGGUAAGGAUGAAGUUUUCAAAGAGCGAGUGGAAUUUGAUGACAAAAAUCUCUCAGUAACCCUAAUCGGGUUGGAAGGAGACGUGUUCAAGCAUUACAAAACCUUCAACGCAAUAUAUAAAGUUGUACCAAAGAGUCCUGAACAUAGUUUGGCAGUUCUGACCUUAGAAUAUGAGAAACUCGAUGAUGGUUCUCCUUAUCCUUACCAAUACCUCGACCUCAUGAAUGGUAUCACCAAGGACAUUGAGUCACACCUUAAAUAAGAACCUUGAAUAUAUAUGGCACGAUCGAGCUCCAUCUCUUUCUAAUACAGUUGAUUAUGUUGUGUCAAAGUUUUUCUUUUCGUUUUGAAGUCAUCUGUUAGCUUUUCGUUGAAUUUGUAAAAAGUAAAUAAAUAAAUUGAUGAAGCUCGAUGAUUAUGUUUAUGUACUAUGUUUUAUUUUAUGUGAUUCAUAGUUUCUAUAAUAGAAGAUUGAUAUAGUUUUGUCAUAA